AUGACUAGUCCUACUACUUCCUCACCAACUGGGCGGUGUUCGGGCGAUUUCUGCGUCGCUGACAGGAAGGUGUUCCCCAGCCUUCUUCCAUCUGGCCAGAUAACUACCGAGUCCUUCAGUUUCACCGACUAUGGUGUAUGGUAUCUAGCUGGCUACUCUAGUGAUGAUGGUAUCCGUAUGCUUUGGAGACUCGAAUGCAACCAAUGGUUACCUGUUGCUGAGAAGGCUCUCUCUAAUAUCGAGGCUUCAGGCAACGAUAUGUUCGUGUUCGGCAUCAGUGAGGGUGACGUUGUUGUUUUCGAUCCGGAGAGUUACAAUGCUUAUCGUACAAUAGCUCUGGCGGAUCCUUCUAAGGAAUACACGGGAGUCACCUUUGAUCAAGACUCGAAUAUUCUAUAUGUUACUGAGAAGGCUACUGGGCGGAUUGCUCGGUUCAUAGGUCAGGGGGGAGUGUGGACUCCAAUUGACCCCUUGAAUGGUUCGGAUGUUCUCAUCGAGCCCACUAUUUUGCGCUUCGCACUCGGUAAACUUUACGUUAGAGUGAAUGGUGGCGUUGCCUAUGCUACAAUGGACGGGUCUGUGAAUCCUCAGUGGUCUUUCGUUCCACUGGAUAUUCAAG